ACGCCAUUGGCAGCGCAGGCCGGUGGAAGAGAAGAUGGCGGUGGUCGUCUGGAGCUGACACUGAGUUUAGGGGGUGGGGGGAAACGGCGCCAACAUCAUUGGCGGCAAAGCGCCGAGAGAGGCCGAGCGCGGAGAGGAGCAAGCGCCGGGGCCCCCCCCAUGAGCUGCGUUUAAAGGGAGGGUUAGACUGUGAAUGCGGAGCGGCAGCUACUGAUGUUGACUAGUGUGGAGCCUCCUUUGGGCAGGAGCACAGGACAGUUGGGUCUGCGGGCAUCCUCACGGAUUUCAUCAAUGUUACUCCACACUCAUCCAACAGAAGGUGCACUUGCAGCAGGGUGAGACGACUGUCAGAUAUUUCCUCUUUUGAUGAGAUUGGUGUGAUAUUUCCGACCAUACAAUCUCUUUUACAAGCAGCCUAACCAAGCAUUGAUGAUGCCUACUUGCUCCUCACCUCCGGGCUGUGUCAGGUGGACACCACUGGAGCCAUGGCUGUGAGGAAGAAGAUGCAACCAAAGCAGUAGUGAAAGAGGAAGUACUUGAGUUAUUGGAUGGGCUAAAAAUUGAUAAAGAGGAAAUAUUAGGCUGGCUGUACUCAGUUCAUAAGUCACCAGGACCAUAAGAUGCAUCCAAACAUACUGAGGGAAGUUAGGGUGGAAAUUGCACUGGCCAUAAUCUUCCAAUCCUUACUUACCAAGCUGCCAGAGGACUGAGGAACUACACAAAGGGUGUAAGGAUCAGCCCAGCAACUACAGGGUAUUAAUGGCAGGAAACGUGGAUGUAUACAACUCUUCUGUUCAUGACUCCUGUGUUUCUUCAGGGUUUAAAACCCUGUAUGAGGAGGGAUUGUUAUUUGAUGUCACCCUUGUAAUUGAGGAUCACCAGUUUCAGGCUCACAAGGCCCUACUGGCUACGCAGAGUGACUACUUUCGAAUAAUGUUCACAGCUGACAUGAGGGAACGGGACCAGAACAAGAUUCACCUUAAGGGACUGACUCCAACAGGUUUUAGUCAUGUUCUUCAGUUUAUGUAUUAUGGCUCCAUUGAACUGAACAUGAGCACUGUCCAUGAGAUCCUGCAGGCAGCCAUGUAUGUCCAGUUGACUGAAGUGGUGAAAUUCUGCUGUUCUUUCCUGUUGUCAAAAAUCUGCUUGGAUAACUGCGCAGAAAUCAUGCGACUCUUGGAUGAUUUCAGUGUUAAUAUAGACGGUAUCCAAGAACAGCUGGACAAGUUCCUGCUCGAGAAUUUCGUGCCACUCAUGUCCCGAGCUGACUUUCUGUCCUACUUGAGUGUUGAAAAGCUUUUGUCAUGUUUGGAGAAUGAUCAGCUGAGCCGAUUCCCAGAGAUUGAGCUUUUUGAGGCUGCGCAGGCCUGGCUGCGACAUGACAGAAGCCGUUGGAGGCACACAGAUACCAUUGUUCAGAAUGUCAGGUUUUGUCUGAUGAAUACGACAAACGUUUUGGAAAAGGUGAAACCAUCUGAAUUUUAUCGAUACUCACGGCAGCUGCGAUUUGAGGUUGAGCAGGCUUUAAGUUACUUUCAGAACAUUAAUCAACAGCCUCUUUUGGAGAUGAGAUCUAAUCGUAUUCGCUCUGCAAAGGCACAAACUGCAGUUUUCCGAGGAAUGAUUGGACACAGCAUGGUGAACAGCAAGAUUCUUCUGCUGCACAGGCCAAGAGUCUGGUGGGAACUGGAGGGUCCACAAGUACCGCUGCGACCUGACUGCCUUGCAGUAGUGAACAACUUUGUGUUUCUCUUGGGAGGGGAAGAGUUGGGCCCAGAUGGUGAAUUUCAUGCUUCUUCAAAAGUUUUCAGAUACGAUCCCAGACAAAAUUCAUGGUUGAGAAUGUCUGAUAUGUCCGUCCCCCGUUCUGAAUUUGCUGUUGGCAUCAUUGGAAAAUUUAUCUAUGCUGUGGCAGGGCGAACAAGAGAUGAAACUUUUUACUCAACAGAACGUUAUGACAUUACACAAAACAAAUGGGAAUUUAUUGAUCCAUAUCCAGUUAAUAAAUAUGGCCAUGAAGGAACAGUUCUUAACAAUAAGUUGUACAUAACUGGUGGCAUAAUGUCCUCUUCAACCUCUAAACAAGUGUGUGUAUUUGAUCCCAGUAAAGAAGGAACUGUAGAACAGCGCACAAGGAGAACACAAGUGGUUACAACAUGUUGGGAGAACAAGGCCAAAAUGAAUUAUGCACGCUGCUUUCAUAAAAUGAUUGCCCAUAAUGGGAAACUCUAUGUAUUUGGUGGGGUGUGUGUAAUUUUAAGGGCAUCUUUUGAGUCUCAAGGAUGUCCAUCUACAGAAGUUUAUAAUCCUGAUACUGAUCAGUGGACUAUCUUAGCAUCAAUGCCCAUAGGUAGAAGUGGACACGGGGUGGCAGUUGUUGAAAAGCAGAUAAUAGUUCUUGGCGGCCUUUGUUACAAUGGUCAGUACAGUGACUCCAUACUCACCUUCGAUCCAGAAGAAAACAAGUGGAAAGAAGAUGAAUACCCAAGGAUGCCUUGUAAGCUAGACGGCCUGCAAGUCUGCAGCCUUUACUUUCCUGACUUCAUAUUGGAGCAUGUUCGGAGAUGUACCUAAGACAUGGCUAUGGCUACAUUACACUAAUCAACUGGAGGGGAAACAGUAGAUCUUUAAUGGAUUUGGGUGAAAGCAAGUUAUGCAGUAUUGAAAAAGUAUUGCCCUUGAAAUACAAGAUGCCAAAAGAAGAAGUUGUGUACGUCUUUUCUGUGCAGUUCAGAGUGUUAUUUUUUGUUUAAUUUUAUUAGAUGUAGUCUUUGUCAAAAUCUGUAAAAGAUUUUAGGUUAAUUAAUUCUCUACCAUUUAAAACAUUUUUUUAAAUUUUUGUUGUUAAUGGGGAAGUUUACGUUUGUAACUGUACUUGACAGUUUGCCCCUUGAUACACUUGCAACCUCAGCUUGGCAUUCUUAGUACCUGGUACAAUUUCUGGAGAGCUUAUCUGAUUUUUUGGCCAUUUUUAUCUUUUUUUUUCCUUUUAGUUUCCCCUCCUGUUUAUAAUUCUAUCAACAACUUUGACCUUUCCACUAAAAUCUUAUAUCCUGUGAAUUUGUAACCAAGUUUUCCGUACUGUCUUUUGUGGUUUGAUCAUUCUGGCUUGGAAUUUUGCACCCAUCAAAUAAUGAAUUCUUUAGGACAGUAACAUGCUGAAAAUACCCCAAUGUACAGUUAGUUUAAUUCAGGAGGCAGUGGAGAACACAACAGCCAGAUAGGAAAACUAUUUUUGAGGUUGGUGGGAGGCAACGAGGGCAUGGAGGAAGAAGAUGCGAUCUAGGAGCUAGGAGAAUUUUAGAAUGAAUCAAUGAUUAUUUUGGGGAGAUGAAAACCUCUUAAAGGAAGUUUUGAGUUUCCUUCUGUGUAUAAACCUUUGUUUAACAGAUUUGUUUUGUGCUCACUUUUCAUAAGCUUUAACAUGAAUACAAUCUUUUGGUUUUUACAUUUACUUGUAAUAUAAAUUUAUAAUUUUAGAGUUUCCAAUGGACAGCCUUGGAAACCAAGACUCCAGCUUGAAUUGUAUCCUGCAAAUAGCUUAAGCUGUAUGAGCUAAUUUAAGAAAGGAUUGCUGGGAAAUCCUUUAUUAGGUCACUGCAAUGUCUUUUUGUAGUUUAAACCUCAUCACCUUUGUGUGAAUAUAGGGUUUGAGAUAAUCUGAUAAGUUUUCAGUAGAAUUGCAGAAGUCAGGUAAACAAAUCUCACAUUGAUUUGAGUUGAAAUGAACUGUAUUGUGUUUGGAUGGUGGUAACACUGGAAAGGCUUCUCUUAAAAAGAAAUGUUCUGUUAUAGGAACAAACAGCUUUUCAAAAUGCAUGUAAAUGUACAUUUUAGUACCAUCUCAAUGCCAUCAUUUAUUCUAGAAUGAGCAGUAAACUCUAGUUACAGCUUUUCCAGGGACUGAACAAUUUAUCUUGCACAUUUGUAACACCAUUUAUUUCUCUUUGUGACACGUAAAGCUUAUUUAAAAAUAUUGGACACAUCUACCAUUUUAACUGUUCUGGAAACCAAAAGAAGUUAUGGAUUUGAUUGUAGGAAAACUAGUAGAUUUAUCAAAAAAAAAGGAAAGGGACCAAAAAAUCAGGAAGUGUAAAAUGUUGCAAUGUAAAUACUGAAUCUUAUUUUUCACUCUGGGCAAAGUGGAUGCAUCAAGCUUCCAAAUUAAGUGUAUUUAGUUAGCUAUAGUCUUGAAAAUUUGUGCUACAGGAAAUUAAAAUAUCAAAAGAAAUUAUCAUCACUGACAUGUUAUUGUUGUAGCAAUUAAGCAAUCUGAAUUUAAGACUUCUCGGUUACAAGAUGACAUCAAUCAACAAACUAUAUUCAUCAAUUCUGUGGAGGUGAUUAACCCAUCCUCAUCACUUUACAAUCUGUGUUCCAGUUCCAUAGGAUGUACCUUUGCAACCAGUCACCUUGCUUGUUUUAUAGAUUCCAUUUCCACUAAUAUAAGUCCAUCUACUAGACUGUAAAUUACCACUUCUUUUAAAUACAACUCCCUGUACUGAGUAGUCUGCUUUUCAUUUAAAGCCUUAAGAUGAGGCUAAUUUAUAAUAAAGAGCUGAGAAAAGUACAUGUGUGUAGGGUGAGUGGGGAAGAAAUUGAAUCAAUUUUGCAUCCAUGAAAACAAUUUUUCAUAAAGAAAGACCUUGUGUUGUAGAAGUAUAUGUAGCUAACGUUUUGGUGCCUGGAGACUUUGUUCUGUUAAUGGGAUGACACUAUUUAUGUAUAAACCAGAUGCCCUUGUCUGCAUUUUUUUAAAAAAACCUUAAUUUAAAGAUCUUACAAUUACCAACUGGAAAAUACUUAGUUCUUUAGUUUCAUGAACAUUUUGGUAACUAUAAGAAACUGCAUUCAAACUGUUGUUCCAGGAGUUUUAAGUGCCUGUAUUCACAAACUAAAUUUGAGGUUAAAAUCAGUCUGCAAGGAUUCUUUAAGUCAAUUAUUUUGUUAUAUUGUGACUAAACUGGGGCACUGUAAAGCACAGCAAACCUAAACUUCUGUAAUGCAUUGUCAAGGUUUUGAGUAAAAGGGAAGUUUUUCUACAUUUGAAACAGACUGUAAAUCACAAACAUUGGGUGUUCUUGGACUAUUUCACAAAUGCAGCCGGUGCAGUUAAAGUACGACAAAAUAAAUUAUAGGUUUCUUAAAUGCUGUAAUAAUUUUUUUUAGAUUUUAUUCUCCUACUUGAAGCCUACUCAUCUCUGGUCAUUGUUGAGUCAUGGACCAGCUGUUCUGUUGGUGCAGGGGACCACCUUUACCAGCAGGAGCAGGCAGUAGCACUUAAAGUCUAAGACAGACCCAUGUUGGAAUGCAUUUACAUGUUAACUAUUUGAGUGUUCAUGUCUUAUUAUUUAUAUUAACUGUAUAUUCUCACUGGAAAAAUUGGAACCACACUGCAGUACAAUAUACAAAAUAUUCAAAUACCCACUUAAUCAGUGCAAAAAAUAUUUUGUGACUUUUUAAAGCUGAAGAUAUUUGUAAAAACUGUAAAAAGUGUUAAAUAAAAGAGUUGACUUUUAAAAA